AUGAUGGAAGCCACAGAGCAAGACGAGCCGUUUCGACUCCAAGACGAUAGCGACUCUUAUACCCGCUCGGCCGUUUAUCCCUCUAGCGACCUCCCGCAUAGCGCGGAACUCAUCAGCGGUCACAAUGCGCCAGCGGUUAGCUCUGUGUAUGGUAACUCGGACCAACCGAGAAACGAGUUUCUCAACCUCGUGACGACUAUCUCCCAAGCCUAUCGGCGACGGCGGUACAUCAAAAUGCGAGGGGUCAACAAUGUCCCCUUUGUCGCUCUUGCGGAAGGAUCCGACUUUCAAGUCAGCCAGCCCAUCGAGUUCGCGCUAUCCCAUAGUCAAGGCAUUUCGCGCACGAAAGAAAUCGUCGUCAUCAAGCAAUCGGUUCGGAAUGCACCGGGCCGUCCGCUUAAACCUGCGGACAUGUCUAAGAUAGCCCUCGAGCUUCGUAUCUUGGAUCACUUUCACAAUCAUGAAAAUAUCGUCUCGUUACGCGGCGUCGGCUGGUUCUAUGAAAAUUCGUAUGAUAAUGCCUUGACCCCGUGCGCGCAACCCGCCUUGUUACUCGAGCACGCACAGGGAACUCUAAGCACCCUCUUACGCUCGUGGGACGCUACUUCUGUCGAGGCACGUUUGUUUCUUUGUAGAGACGUUACCAUGGGGCUCAAGGCCCUGCAAGAGGCUGGCGUUGGCCACGGGGAUCUCAAACCAGCGAAUAUACUCAUCUUCGCGCACGGUAGCAGUACAGACCAUGCUCCCAUGGCUAAAUAUUACGCCAAAAUCUCCGACUUCAGCCAGGCUAGAUUGGCUGACACGACCACGAAACGAAGGUUAGGGGGCACGUUUCCGUAUCUUCCUCCUGAAAGAGAUGAAGAACUAUCUGCCACCGAAGUUCAAGCAGCAGAUGUAUGGUCCUUGGGAGUUUUGUUUGCAGCGACAUUAUUUGAUCAAGAGCUGGAUGCCAACCCCAUGCGGCUCAGGCGCGAGUCCGACUUCGAUGGCGAGUUACUCGGGGAGAGUAUCAAGCAAGCCUCCCAGCAGCAAUUUCAUCAGUCCACUUUGGAAUCGUUUUGGCAUCAGCUCUGGACCCAAAUGUUUGCUUAUACCCUGCAAAAAGAUGCUCAAGACCGCGCCUUUAUCAAGCUUUGCGAAUCCAUGCACGCCACGUUCACAGACUAUCUUCAGCGUAUAAAACGGGUGCUUGUAGAUCACCAAAACUCUCAUGUUGCCCGAUUGAAGACUAAUGAUGCACUUGAGCUUUUCAUAAGUUAUGAGGGCUUCAAACCCGUGAGCAAUCAAGUCAAAGAUAUGGUUGAAAGCGAGCUACUAGCUAUAUGUGACGGCCCCGAUAGCCCGCUUCGGGCGACUGCUUGCUUUGAACUUGCAGUCGUGCUUCUAUCCGCAUUCGCCAGACCAUGCACCGACGAACGUACCAGAAGAGGCCUUUCGUACCUCUACCAAGCCGCUGAGCUAGGCGAUCUAAGAGCCAAGGCACUGGGCCUUCGUCUGACUAUUUCAUUCAGGGUGGAGAGACUCCCAGACUAUGACGAUGAGCGCCUGCAAAAGUGGCAACGAGAAGCAGUAGCGAGCGGACAUUCAAUAUUGAUGCAAGACAUUGAUGAUGGCGAUACUUAUCAGGCAUCUGGAUCACUCGACGGGAUUGAUGCAACAUCCAUCUUGACUGAUCAGCUGGACCUCCAUGAAGCGGCGGCUUCUGGCAACCUAGCAGCAUUGGAAAAUUCUAUCAAAAACCAUUCGCUGGAUGAGAAGAAUAGCAGCGGAGAGACGGCCUUGAUCGUAGCGGCUCGGAGCGGCCAAGUCCCGGCGAUACUUCGAUUGCUACAUGCCGGAGCGGAUCCCUCUUUAUGUGACAGCAACAAUGCGAACAUCCUGCACCAUGCUUGGUGCUACCAGGGACCUUUCGAGGGCGUUAGGGACGUCCUUCAGUUCUGUAGAGAUCGCAAUUACUCGGACCUCUUCUUCCAAUCUGCAGAUGGCCUGCUUCAAACUGGUCACUUGAGCCUGUACCCAACACCGCCAGGCACGCCACUCGAGAGAGCUGUGGCGAAGUCCAAAAUCCGCCUUGUUGAUCUCUUCCUUACCAUCAUGCCUAGAAGGUCCCCCUUGAAUGGCGUGAUUCUACGUCGAGCGCUGCUGCUUGCCUUCAAGUUCUGUCACGUAGCUAUCCAAGAACGGCUCAUAUCCUAUGCGUGCCAGGAGUCAGCAUCCGAACAUAGGUUGGACAAGCCACUGUGGAAUACCAUGUGGGAUUUCAGGGGAGCCGGCUACACAUAUAUGGACGCUAUUGUAGUUGGGACAAUUUCCGGCGACGGUCAAGGCGUGGAUCUUCCGAUUGAUUUCUGGCGCAGGUGUUGUCUCGGUAAAGAGGCUGUUGAUCGUGUUCUAGAGUCAUUGGUGCGUUUGAUAUAUUGGGGUGUGGAAUCCUCCCAGGGUGAUAAAAUACCUCGUGAAAAGGCAGAAGAGAUGCUAGAUAAAGCUAUUAAGCUAGCCCUUGUUGAAAGAUCUUACGACGCCGUCGAGAUCCUACUGGCAGAGAAGGGAGAGAUCACCCUAGGAGUCCACAAUAGGUGCCUGAGCAUUCGACACUUGGCUUGGAGAUCGAUCCUUGCUCCGUUCGGCCCUCUAUCCGAAUUACUACACGAAGACUGGAUGAGAAGAAGGGACCUUUUUCUUCACGCAGAACCAGAUUUGCAAGUCAACUAUAUUGACCAGAUCUUUCAUGAUUCUGAAGGGAGAACUUUGGCCCAGCAAGCUAUCUUGAAUGGCGAUCGAACUGUUUUUCAGAUCCUCAUCAGACACUUUGGUGCUGAUCUACGUCUGCCUGCACCCCUGAGUUUGGACUUCCCAAUCGACACUGUACCUCACGGCCAGAUGAAUCUGUACUCCUUGAUCGCUCGCUCUGAGCAGUUCGACUGGUGGUUUGCAGAAGAAGCAUGGAGUUUGAAGAUACCCAUAUCAUGGCCCCUGCUGUCACCAACGGCCACAUCAGAUCUACAGUUACCGCCACUCUACCAUGCGCUUGGAAAUCACUUCUGGGCAAUGAGCUUCUGGCUUUUCCGGAAUGGUGCAACAAUGCUUGACGAAGUGACUAAGGGCAUCGAUCUUCUCGAGCUUCUGCUGUCACCACAAUUCUUGGACGUGAAAAUUAUGGGGUUCCUAUUUCCUCCUCUCCCAGAUGCAAGUCACGACCUCCUGCCAGAAUACUUUCAAAAUGAUCCGCAGUAUUGGAUGUUUCAAUACCUACAAAAGGCGAAAUUGUUCGCCGAACCGUACCGUGCCGGUGCCCAUCGUGGAGAUCGACCUAAUACUUUCGGUCUUCAUGCAAAAGACUCAUACAAAGCAAUAGGCGCACAUUGGAAAAUUCUGUUCGAGUCCCAUCACCCUGGCUUGGAUCGGGCGAAUACCGUAGGGAUAUAUUUUCCUAGUGGUGACUGGAGGCCUAUCAUUCGAAGACACUGUAUUUUCCGCCAAGCCCUGUCACUUGGCUGGGAGACUCUAGAGGACACCAUCAAAAGCUACCAGGAGAAUGGUAACUUCCCCAGACAAUCAUGGAGUUCAUUACUGAUAGGCUCUCCCUUGGACGACAUGUCUUUCACGGGGAUGGGAAAGUCCGAUCUGUGGCAAGACUACUGGUACCUCCCAAGCAUCUGGCACCGGCUGUUCCAGCAAUGCGUAUCUAUCGCUAUAUGCAUACUCCUUGUGAUAUACACCAGCCGAACAGUAGAGUUUCGAUGGCCUCGUCAGGAAACCGCCUUCGAAGAUAUCCUACUCGACUUCAAGUCAACUAUCAUCUUGAUAGGAGUGGUCGUGCCCGCCGGCAUCGGAGUUGUCGUUGCGGGCAUUGGCAUUAGAACCGCAUCUUUCGGAGAUUCUAGCGACGAUAACGGGCGUAAGAUCUCCAAUCAUCCAGUCCAUGCGUUCAUCAAUGGUUGUGUGAAGAUGUGGUUCGCCUUGUAUCACAGGUACCUCAGCAUCAGGUAUCUAAGUUCAGUUGAAGACUGCGAUGAAUACGUUCUUGGGUCGCAAUAUCAGCUCUUGGCACGACAAUCAGAUUUUACGCGUCGCAAAAUCUGA